AUGGCCCAAUAUUUCUGCAAUAAUGAGCGUCCAUUAUAUGUCCCACCGUUAAAAGAAAGUGAAAUAAAUGACAUAAUUUUUGAAGAUUUACCAUCUGAUGACGACAGUAUUUCAUCAGUAGACAACUCGGACGAUGAUGAAACAUAUUUCCCAAAGCUUUCUGUUCCAACCUGUCCACAAUUUGUUGUAGUUGAAUCGUCUAGUUCUUCAGAUAAUGAAGAAGAAAAUGUUGACAUUUUUGACAUUGAAGAAAAUAAAUCAUAUAUUUUACCAAGUCCGAAAAAAACACGAUCCAGUCGUAGAAUAAAUCAAAAUUAA